AUGGCCAUCACCAAGGUUCACGCCAGACAGAUCUUCGACUCCCGCGGCAACCCCACCGUCGAGGUCGAGGUCACCACCGCCCACGGUAUUUUCCGCGCCGAUGUCCCCUCAGGUGCCUCCACCGGUAUCCACGAGGCCCUCGAGCUCCGUGAUGGUGACAAGACCGCCUACGUCGGAAAGGGUAAGUCUUCUCUCUCAAACUCUACCUUUCGUAUUGAGGCAACAAACAUUCGGGUGUGA